AAGUGAAUAAGCAAAGCCAGGCUCCUCCUCAGUAAAUGCCCCAUGUGUAAACAGGCUUGAACUGGAGAAAUUCUCAUUUCCUAUUGGCAUUUUAAGACAUUUUGUCUGUCAUUCGGAGAGCUGUUUCUACAGGACUGUCGUGUGACUCAAAAAGUGACCCAUGGAAGUCUCAUGCGUCCCAGUCUGCUGACCUGCUGAAGAAUCAAGAUGGUGCACAACAUGGAUUGGGCAGGACAUGACAAAGAAGUGGUAAUUCCCAGCUACAAAACACUUGGGUGGAGGAAGAGGUCCAAGCCUCGCUGCUAGGCUUAAGCAUUCAGCAUAAACAACUCACUGAUUACGAUUAACAGCUGGAAUUCCCAACAUGUUGACAAUUAUCACGAUAAUUAUAUUGUGAAACAUACAACAGAGCAAGGGAAAAUAGACAAUCCUGGUCUGGUUCAUGCACUACAGCAACUAUUAGGUUUCCUCCAACACUCAGCUUAAUUUGCUGCAACUCAGCCUAUUCAAGAGUCUAUGGCAUCAGAGAUGAACCUAAUUGGGCAUCCCCACCUACCUUCAGCAGAUGGAUUUUCUCUUUCCGAAGCUCCUCAUUUAUUUGGUUUACUUCCCGAGGCAAUGACUUCCCCAGUGCAAGAUUCCGAUGUGUCACCCUAUUCACAGUACAACGCUGUGCACUUUUCUCCAGUGCAGCCUCCUGUUUCUUCGCCACCUUAUUACUCCAGCUUUGGCUUCUAUCCCCAACAGCCUGAAGAAUGGUAUUCGCCUGUAAUGUAUGAGUUCAGAAAACUACCCUCUGAUAACUUUCCCCUAAAGGAGCCAGACCUCGAGGGAAUGCCUGUAGCCAAGAAGACUCGAAUGGGUCCUUCAGGGGGGAGAACGAAAGGAGAGGAGUUGUGCGUGGUCUGUGGCGACAAGGCCUCUGGGUACCAUUAUAAUGCCCUGACUUGUGAAGGAUGCAAAGGCUUCUUCAGAAGAAGUAUCACCAAAAAUGCUACAUACAAGUGCAAAAAUGGAGGGAACUGUGAGAUGGACAUGUAUAUGAGGAGAAAGUGUCAGAAGUGCCGUCUUCAGAAGUGCAAGGAAGUAGGAAUGCUGGCGGAGUGUUUGUUAACAGAAAUACAGUGCAAGUCGAAACGGCUUAGGAAGAAUAUAUCACAGCCAGUAGAUCAGACAACUGGUGAAGAUACUGAGGGACCUGACCUGAAGCAAAUGUCAACUACAACCAAACUCUACAAGGAGAAAGUAGAACUAACCCCAGAACAGCAGAAUCUUCUUCACUAUAUCAUGGAUUCAUAUAAUAAACAGCGAAUCCCUCCCGAAGUGUCUAAAAAGCUUUUGCAAGAGGAAUUCAGCGCUGAAGAAAAUUUUCUUAUCUUAACGGAAAUGGCCACCAGUCACGUACAGGUCCUUGUGGAAUUCACCAAAAGAUUACCAGGUUUUCAGACCCUGGACCAUGAGGAUCAGAUUGCUUUGCUGAAAGGUUCAGCUGUAGAAGCCAUGUUCCUUCGGUCAGCUGAGAUCUUCAACAGGAAACUUCCUGUGGGACAUGCUGACCUCCUGGAAGAAAGAAUUCGUAACAGUGGCAUCUCAGAUGAAUAUAUAAUACCCAUGUUCAAUUUCUAUAAAAGUGUUGGGGAACUGAAGAUGAGACAAGAAGAAUAUGCUCUACUCACAGCAAUAGUUAUCUUAUCUCCAGACCGGCAAUACAUACAGGACAGAGAGUCUGUGGAAAAGCUUCAAGAGCCACUGCUAGAAGUUCUGCAAAAAUUCUGCAAGCUUUAUCACACAGAUAGUCCUCAGCACUUUGCAUGUCUCCUGGGUCGUCUUACAGAACUGCGGACUUUUAAUCACCACCAUGCAGAUAUGCUGAUGUCUUGGCGAGUGAAUGAUCACAAGUUUACACCUCUUCUUUGUGAAAUAUGGGAUGUACAGUGAUAAUGAAAAAUGGGUUUGAAUGUAAUCCUAAACACAUUUACUUGGAACCAAUGGAACUUCAUAAACAUGUGUUCAGGACAGAGUUCCUUGUUUUGCAUUUUUUAAAGCACCAAAAAAAGCACAUGUAAUAAGUGUUUCUUAUGGGAGUUAGAGGUUAUUUUCCAAGCAUUAUGUAAAAGACUUUCACAUGGGAAGAUGGAUUCAGUGCCCUGGCCUCUAAACCUCUUGGAACAAAACUGAACUCCUUCCUGCCCGAAGCAGGCAUCCUGUUAUACCUUUCGAAAUUAAACUGAUUGUAUCUCACUUUCUUCAUUUCAAAUGCCUGAGAAGAUUAUCAAGCUUGUUCAUCACAUUAUACUUAUUCUAAAUGUUUCAUUAAUAUACAAUGUUGUAGCUGUUGUAAGAAUUCAGUAAAAAUGACUCUGCCCAAACAUGUCUUGGUUUAAACGUCAAAAUACUAA